UGUAAUCGUAGCACUCGUGAGGCGUACUGGACGGCCAGGUUUGGCAUAUUAAGGCGCGGCAACGUCUUUGCCAGUCCUUACGAACAGAUCCGUCGCAUUACACACGUUGUGGUGCACAAGGAUUAUGUGGACAAAGGCUUUAUUAAUGACAUCGCCUUAUUAAGGCUCAAUGAACCCAUCAAUUAUAGCAAACACGUCCGUCCGGUCUGUCGGCCCACCGAAGCCGAAGACGUGUCCAAAUGGCACCGACAACUGUGCACAACAGUUGGUUGGGGCAAACUGUUUGAGCAUGGUCGCAUAUUCCCCGAUACAUUACAAGAAGUGAAACUACCCGUCAUAUCGACUGAGGAGUGCCGCAAACGAACCCUAUUUUUACCACUAUAUAAGAUCACUGAUAAUAUGUUUUGCGCCGGUUAUGACAGAGGGGGUAGGGAUGCCUGUCUGGGCGAUUCCGGGGGACCUCUGAUGUGCCAGAAGAGGAACGGCAAAUGGUUUCUGUUGGGAGUGACCAGUAAUGGUGACGGCUGUGGUCGAGCCGGUCGUCCCGGUGUAUACACUAAAGUUGCCAAAUAUAUGGAUUGGAUCGACAAUGUUAUAAACGGCGAGUUAGAGCCAGAGCUGAGCCGGUCGUGCGAUGGCCUCCGAUGUCCUUUAGGUCGAUGUCUGCGAAAAGAGCACAUUUGUAACGGUGUUAUGGACUGCAGAGACGCUUCCGAUGAGCAAAACUGAUUCGCCCAUUGGAUCCCUGGGCUGGACGUGUCUGUCGUUCAAAGUGUACGGUAA